UGCCCACUCACUCGACUCUAUCGCUAUUGGAUACUCUCAUCUUUCCCAACUUCUGUAAUUUUCUUGCAUUCCGCAAACCCUAGCAAUUCUCUCAAUUUGCUGGAACACUUAAAGACAACAGAAAAAUCAAGAUCUCGAUCGAAGAUGAUUCCGUUCUCCUCCAAGAUUUCCAGUCAGGUUCGGUUUUUGCUCCAAAGCUUGAAUGACUCCAAUUCCGAUUCGGUCUUCCAAGAACUCUGCAAGUGCACGGCGCAUGGAAUGGAGGGAAGCAUAUUACUGCUGCAAACUUGUUUGGAUCACCUCAAUAUUUAUGGCAAGGAUUUGAAGAAUGUGAAGCUGCAUCCCGUAUAUUCUUCAAUAUUCAAACAUAUCUUGGAUAAACCUAAUUUUAGUACAGUGUUUAGUGAGUCGCUGAGCACUGUAGCGAUAAAUGAAGAAUUACUGCAGAGUCUUUCUGGAGCAUUACAAUUGGGGGUGUCCGAAAAAAUUGGAAUUGGUCUUGCUUUGUCCAGUUCAGAAAAUCAUGAUAUUAGAAUGUGUGGAAAGAAUUUCUGCAUGGGUCAGAUUGCUGAAUUGUGUGCCAAUCCCGUGGUUUUUGAGUCUACUGAGCUAAUUCAGCAAAUUCUCAUGUUUCUUAAUCGAUCUGAAGGCCUCUCCAAGCAUGUAGAUUCAUUCAUGCAAAUGUUGUCUCUCGUACAAUUGAAGGAGGGAGCCAAAUUUAUCUUAGCUCCUUUUCUUCCUGAUGAACAACGUGAAGAUAACUUCUUCAGGCACAUAGAUUUGUUAAACGAGGGUGUUGAAGAUGAUUUUGAUGCCAUUUUAGCUGAAAUGGAGAAGGAAAUUAGCAUGGCUGAUGUGAUGAGUGAAUUAGGAUAUGGGUGCACUGUCAAUGUGUCUCAGUGCAAAGAAAUGUUGUCGCUAUUCUUGCCGCUUUCUGAUGCCACAAUAGCGAAGAUAAUUGGUACAAUUGCCAGAACUUAUUCAGGCCUUGAUGAUAACCAAACUGUCUUUGCCACAUUCCGCUCUGCUCUUGGUGGUAAUAGCAUUAUGGAUUUACCACCUGUGGAUUCCUGGGAUGGAGAGGUCCUUGUAGAUUCAAUCAAACAGCUUUCUCCUGGAAUUAACUGGAUAAAUGUCAUGGAGAAGCUGGAUCAUGAGGGUUUUUAUAUACCUAAUGAGGCUGCAUUUUCCUUUUUUAUGUUUGUUUAUAAACAUGCAUGCCAGGAUGCAUUUCCUCUCCAUGCUAUUUGUGGCUCUGUAUGGAACAACAUCGAGGGUCAGCUGUCUUUUCUAAAACAUGCGGUCUCAGUGUCACCUGAAGUAUUUACAUUUGCUCAUUCUGAGAGGCAACUGUCCUUUGAUGAUGCUGUGAUCGGAGAUACAUUUCAACAAGUAAAUUAUGCCUGGUCAUGCCGUGACCUACUGGAGGUGUUGUGCCAGAUAUCUGAGAGGGGACAUGCAAGUGCUGUGCGAUCUCUGCUUGAAUAUCCUCUCACUCACUGCCCUGAAGUUUUACUUCUUGGGAUGGCCCAUGUGAAUACUGCAUACAACCUCAUCCAGAAUGAAGUGGCUUCUGCUCUUAUUCCCAUGGCAUUAAAAAAUGUUUCUGGGAACAGUUUAAUACUCAAUCUGUGGCAUGUCAAUCGAAGCAUGUUGUUGCGGGGACUUAUAGAUGCAGUGCAUCUUGACCAGGACAACAUUUCUAGGAUUUUGGAUGUUUGCCAGGAAUUAAAGAUUCUAUCUCCAGUACUGGAUAUGAUUCCUUUUCACUUUGGCAUUCGCUUAGCUGCACUUGCUUCUAAGAAAGAGAUCAUGGACCUUGAAAAUUGGUUGAGCACUCAUCUUGUGACAAAUAAAGAUGCUUUCUAUGAGGAAUGUCUCAGGUUUGUAAAGGAUGUUCAGAUUGGAGCUCAGGAUGUUUCUGCUAAUCGCUUUCAUCCUCCCAGUCCUCUUUUGAAUAUUUAUUUGGAAGCUUGUCCCACUGUCUUAAAGGUUCUUCAGUCUCAUGCUGGUGUUGUUUCCUCCAGUCUAUUGGCCGAGGAAAUGGAAAAGUUGGAUGUCACUCAUAUGCGUGGUAAUUCAAGAAUUAAAAAUGGCGGGGGUUCUGACUCAACUUCUGACAGUUAUGCUGAUGACAUCGAGGCAGAAUCUAAUGCGUACUUCCAUCAAAUGUUUUCUGGUCAGCUGAGUAUCGAUGCUAUGAUUCAAAUGCUUACUCGCUUCAAGGAAGCUUCAGAUAAAAGUGUUGACAGGGAACAGUCAAUUUUCGAGUGCAUGAUCGGUAAUCUAUUCGAGGAAUACAAAUUUUUCUCCAAGUACCCUGAAAGACAGCUGAGAAUUGCUGCAGUUCUUUUUGGAUCACUAAUCAAGCAUCAACUUGUAACUCAUCUCACACUUGGUAUUGCUUUGCGAGCUGUUUUAGAUGCUUUGCGGAAACCUGCGGAUUCAAAAAUGUUCUCUUUUGGGACUAAGGCACUGGAGCAGUUUGUGGACCGCCUUAUUGAGUGGCCGCAGUACUGCAAUCAUAUCUUGCAAAUAUCUCAUUUGCGUGCUGCACAUGCAGACCUGGUUGCAUUUAUUGAGAGAGCUCUUAACAGGAUUUCAGCGGCCCAUGCUGAACCUGAUAUUGUCCAUAAUGCCCCUUCAGAUCAUCAUCAUGGUCCUAUCCAAUCUGCUGUGAAUAUGGAGGUCUCAGGCUCCUCCUUUUCUUUAAUUGGACCUGGUAGUGCCCAGACUGGGCUGCUAGUUUCCUCUCCAAUUCAACUUCCACAAAGGCCGACAAGUUCUCUAGAUGAUAGGAAAACCUCUCUGUCUAAUUACAUGAAGCCAGCACAAUUCUCUGGAGGGCAGUCUGCUAUUGCUCCUUCAAGUGAUACAGCUGGCAUACAGAAGUCGCACAGUGGAGUUGGUGUGCCAUCACUACACUCUGCCUCUCCUGGUUUUCCACGUUCAUCUCGAGCUACCUCAGCAAGGUUUGGUUCCGCUUUAAAUAUUGAAACGCUUGUUGCUGCAGCCGAGAGAAGAGAAACUCCCAUAGAGGCUCCAGCAUCAGAAAUUCAGGAUAAGAUAUCUUUUAUUAUCAAUAACUUGUCUGCUGCUAAUGUCGAGGCUAAAGCUAAAGAAUUUACUGAAAUCCUGAAUGAGCAAUACUAUCCCUGGUUUGCUCAGUAUAUGGUUAUGAAAAGGGCAAGCAUUGAGACGAAUUUUCACGAUUUGUACUUGAAGUUCCUUGAUAAAGUAAAUUUGAAGGCUUUGAACAAAGAGAUUGUUCAAGCUACUUAUGAGAACUGCAAGGUUCUCUUAGGAUCAGAACUUAUAAAGUCCAGCGUGGAAGAACGUUCAUUGCUGAAAAACUUGGGAAGCUGGCUUGGGAAGAUUACAAUUGGCAAAAAUCAAGUUCUAAGGGCACGGGAGAUAGAUCCCAAAUCUCUUAUUAUAGAGGCGUAUGAGAAGGGACUCAUGAUAGCUGUUAUUCCUUUUACCUCUAAGAUUCUCGAACCAUGUUCAAACAGUCUUGCAUAUCAACCCCCUAACCCUUGGACCAUGGGUAUUCUUGGAUUGCUUGCUGAGAUUUAUGCAAUGCCCAAUUUAAAGAUGAAUCUCAAAUUUGAGAUUGAGGUCCUGUUCAAGAACCUUGGUGUUGACCUUAAGGAAGUAACACCAACUUCUCUUCUGAAGGACAGAGUUCGGGAGGUUGAAGGUAACCCUGAUUUUUCGAAUAAAGACGUUGGAUCUUCACAGCCACCAAUAGUGAAUGAGGUAAAGUCUGGAAUAAUAUCCACACUAAACCAAGUUGAGGUACCCCUUGAUGUUGCCGCUCCUCCACAUGCUGGUGGCCAUUCACGAAUAGUAUCUCAGUAUGGUGCGCCUCUUCAUCAUUCAUCUGGAACUUUGACGGAGGAUGAGAAGUUGGUAAGCUUGGGAUUUUCUGAUCAACUUCCUUCUGCACCAGGCCUUCUACAGGGGCAGACGCAGUUUUCAGUUAAUCAGCUUCCUGUGCCAGCGGCCAAUAUUGAACAACAAGUUGUUGUCAACAAAAAGCUUCAGGCUUAUGGACUGCACUUGCAUUUCCAGAGUGUACUGCCGAUCGCCAUGGAUAGAGCUGUUAAAGAGAUAGUGUCCAGUAUUGUGCAACGAAGUGUUUCUAUAGCUACUCAGACAACUAAGGAACUUGUUUUGAAGGAUUAUGCCAUGGAACCAGAUGAGACCCUUAUACGGAAUGCAGCACAUUUGAUGGUUGCAAGGUUGGCAGGGAGUCUAGCUCAUGUAACCUGCAAGGAACCUUUACGAGGUUCAAUAUCAGGCCAGCUUAGGAGUUCACUUCAGGGCUUGAGUAUAUCUAGUGAACUUCUCGAACAAGCUGUUCAACUUGUGACUAAUGACAAUCUGGACCUUGGUUGCGUGUUGAUUGAACAAGCUGCAACAGAGAAGGCAGUUCAAACCAUUGAUGGAGAAAUUGCACAACAACUUUCUAUCAGGAGAAAGCAUAGAGAAAGUGUCGGUCCCACAUUUUAUGAUGCCAGCCUGUAUGCACAAGGUCAAAUGGGUGUCCUUCCGGAGGCUCUUCGUCCCAAACCUGGUCACCUGUCACAUUCCCAACAGCGAGUUUAUGAGGAUUUUGCUCGGUUUCCAGGGCAGAACCGCUCCAGCCAAAGCUCAAAUGCUGUGCCUGUUGGCCCUUCCGCUUCAUCUGCCGUUGGUGGUUUGUCUCGGCAAUUUGCAUCUGCAUCUGGCCAAAUAAGCCCAAGCGUCUACUCAUCUGGCCUUGUAAACACUGGACUUGGUGCUGUUCCCCAGACUUUGGAGAUUAGUUCUGACGAGAUAGACUCUGUUGGAGCCCAGAUUCCUAGUGUGUCCUCAACACAAAUUGCAAUAGGCGAUGGUCCACAGACUCUUGAAAGUGAUACCAUUGCUUCAUUUCCUCCUGCUUCAACUCCUGAUCUACAAGUGAUGGAGCCUUCUAACUCUGUAAAAGAAUCUGGAACUGCUGCACAGCCUAUUAAUUCAGCUUUGGCUUCUGAGCGUCCUGGAAGCAAUGUCUUGGAGCCUUUGCUCACAACAGGCGAUGCGCUGGAUAAGUACCAAACUAUUUCAGAGAAGCUCGAAAAUCUAUUGAGUAAUGAUGCUAAGGAGGCUGAAAUUCAGGGAGUUAUUGCUGAGGUCCCUGCAGUCAUCCUCAGGUGUAUUAGCAGAGAUGAGGCUGCUUUGGCUGUGGCUCAAAAGGUCUUCAAGGGCUUGUAUGAAAAUGCAUCAAACAGCGCCCAUGUUGAUGCCCAUCUUGCAAUCCUGGCUGCCAUCCGUGAUGUCAGCAAGCUUGUAGUUAAGGAGCUCACUAGUUGGGUGAUAUACUCUGAGGAGGAUAGGAAAUUUAAUAAAGAUAUUACUAUUGGUCUUAUCCGAAGUGAAUUAUUAAACCUUGCGGAGUAUAAUGUUCAUAUGGCAAAGCUUCUUGACGCAGGAAGAAACAAGGCUGCAACGGAGUUUGUCAUUUCACUUAUCCAAACAUUGGUCAUCAACGAUUCUAAAGUGAUAUCAGAACUACAUAAUCUCGUUGAUGCUCUGGCGAAGCUCGCUGCGAGACCUGGAUCUCCAGAAUCAUUACAACAGCUGGUUGAAAUUGCCAAGAAUCCUGCUAGUGCUGCAACUUUGUCUCCUGUAGCUGUUGGGAAAGAGGAUAAUACGAGAACCUCCAGAGACAAAAAGGCUACCGUGCUUCCUGGAGCAAGCAGGGAAGACUACACUGCCACGGAGUUGGUGGAUUCCGAUCCUGCUGGUUUUCAUGAGCAGGUUUCUGUGCUAUUUGCUGAAUGGUACCAAAUAUGUGAACUCCCUGGAGCAAAUGAUGCUGCUUGCGCUCGUUUUGUCUUGCACUUGCAACAAAGAGGCCUGCUUAAAGGGGAUGAAAUAUCGGAUCGGUUUUUUCGCAGGAUCAUGGAACUUUCUGUGUCACAUUGUGUUUCUUCUGAGGUGAUGAAUUCUAGCCCGUCCCCAUCACAUCAAGGGCAGCCACUAUCAUUCCUUGCUAUUGAUAUCUGCGCGAAGUUGGUCUUCUCAAUUCUGAAGUUUUGCCCCGUAGAUCAGGGAUCCAAUAAACUCUCUCUUCUUCCCAAGGUUCUUGCUGUAACAGUGAAGUUUAUUCAAAAGGAUGCAGAGGAAAAAAGGACAUCCUUUAACCCCAGGCCAUUUUUUAGGCUGUUUGUUAAUUGGCUGCUUGAUUUGUGUUCCUUGGAUCCUGUAUUCGAUGGUGCAAAUUUUCAGGUGUUGACUGCUCUAGCAAAUUCCUUCCAUGCUAUUCAGCCUCUCAAAGUUCCAGGAUUCAGCUUUGCCUGGCUAGAGUUGGUUAGUCAUCGAAGUUUCAUGCCAAAAUUACUCACAGCAAAUGCACAGAAGGGCUGGCCCUAUUUCCAAAGAUUGCUUGUAGACUUGUUCCAGUUCAUGGAGCCAUUCCUGAGGAAUGCAGAACUUGGCGAGCCGGUUCAUUUUCUCUAUAAAGGAACGCUCAGGGUGUUGUUGGUGCUGCUCCAUGAUUUUCCAGAGUUCCUUUGUGAUUAUCAUUUCAGUUUUUGUGAUGUCAUUCCUCCAAGUUGCAUACAGAUGCGAAAUAUAAUCCUUAGUGCAUUUCCUCGCAAUAUGAGGCUACCAGAUCCUUCUACUCCCAACUUGAAGAUUGAUCUGCUGGCAGAAAUUAGUCAAUCACCAAGAAUCCUAUCUGAGGUUGAUGCAGCGCUUAAAACAAAGCAGAUCAAGAGUGAUGUGGACGAGUAUCUCAAGACAAGGCAACAGGGGUCCUCUUUUCUUGCUGAGUUGAAGCAAAAGCUUCUGCUUUCUCCAACUGAUGCAGCUCGUGCUGGGACUCGUUACAAUGUUCCUCUCAUUAACUCCCUUGUGCUUUAUGUUGGGAUGCAGGCCAUUCAGCAGCUACAAGCAAGGGCCCCAUCUCAUUCACAAUCCAUGGCUAGUAUGACUGCAUUUUUGGUGAGCGCUGCUUUAGACAUUUUUCAGACAUUGAUAAUGGAUCUGGACACAGAGGGUCGCUACCUAUUCUUGAAUGCUGUUGCCAACCAAUUACGUUAUCCAAACAACCACACGCAUUACUUCUCUUUCAUUCUUCUCUACCUGUUUGCUGAGUCAAACCAGGAAAUGAUCCAGGAGCAAAUCACCCGAGUCCUAUUGGAACGCCUGAUUGUUAAUAGGCCUCAUCCUUGGGGACUUCUGAUCACAUUUAUUGAGCUAAUCAAGAAUCCUAGGUACAACUUCUGGAGUCGGAGUUUCACUAGGUGUGCACCGGAGAUUGAGAAGCUAUUUGAAUCAGUCUCAAGGUCUUGUGGUGGCCCGAAACCUGUGGACGACAGUGUAGUAUCUGGUGGAAUACCAGACAAUAUGCAUUAAUAUGUGUAGUAGGCUUCUGCAGAAACGAUCUUAAAACUGUAGAGAUGUAAAUGUAGAUAUUCACUGUUUACUAUUUUUCAUACUGUAUACUAAUUACAAUCUGAAUGACUUAGUAAUAACUCGAUUUAAAUUUUGGCAUCAAUACUACAAAACAUCCAGUCUAUGGAGUGCAAGAAUGACACAUCAACAUGUAUGAACUUUGAUGGCUGUUGUGGGGUACGUGUGAGAAUACUAGCUCUGCAAAUGCUCACAGUUUGAUGCUGUUGCGGGAUAUGUUCUGAAGAUUCUGGUUACACUAGGUUCGUUAUGGUCUGCUCCUCUGUUGCUCAGUCCAGCGUUGGUAGUUAACUUCCGGUUGUCUGUGUCGAUCCUGUAUUAAUAUAUUGAAGUUGUAUUUAUGAACUUGUUGAGAGUU